CUCUAAUGGGAUAUCACACUUCGCACACAAAGCACCCCUUGACUUACUACUACUCUUGCACACACUUUGUUGACGUUGUCAUAAUAACUUACUACUACCUUGACUGUCUGUCACUAAUACUACCCACAAGCGCUUGCUUCACUUGGCAGAAUUUAGUAUUAUUGUAUAACAAUCAUAUCUGUGUUGCAGCUUGUUCUAUCUUGCCUUUGCCUUUGUAGGUAUAAGUGCUGUUCUCGGUAUCAUUACGGUACUUGUUUCCCAGGUUGAAAAAAGGUCGAGCGCCAACCCAUUAGCCCACAAGAUUCAGGUGCCGUGCUGUACUCCCAA